GGAGUGGAAACCGUCCAAUCAGGAGUGAAGCCGGAGAGCAGGGGCGGCUUCCGGGAUUUGGCGGAGGGAGGCCUUUGUCGGCUCCAGUUAGAGCUCGGGUCUCCUCGCCACAGCUCCGUGUUUUUCGUUCUGGGAGGCCCAGGCGGCUUCGCGUUCUGAGGAUAAACAGAGCCUCUGUUGCUCUGUGACCUGCAGGCACUGGGAGAUCCGUAGCUAAGACGCCAGGGCAUCCCGGAAAGUGGGAAAUGGGACUGUUUUCAUUCAGGGAUGUGGCCGUAGAAUUCUCUUUGGAGGAGUGGGAACACCUGGAACCAGCUCAGAAGAAUUUGUAUCAGGAUGUGAUGUUAGAAAACUACAGAAACCUGGUCUUUCUAGGUCUUGUUGUCUCUAAGCCGGACCUGAUCACCUUUUUGGAGCAAAGGAAAGAGCCUUGGAAUGUGAAGAGUAAGGAGACAGUAGCCAUCCAGCCAGGUAGGUGGGAGUGAAUGAAGUAGAUGACAUGGGCAAGAGGUCCAGAAGUCAAGAAAGAACCAGAGCUUGAAGUGUGAGUUGGGAAGUUCUCCAAUGGAAAUGAUUUUUGAGACACCUGGGUUUAUUUCUUUCCCUUGCUGUCAAAGAGGGACAUCAUCCGUCCCAUGCUCUUAAAUUAUCUGAUGAUUCUCCUUCCUCUUCUGUGAUCCACCAUCAUAUUCACAGUGACAGCCAAAGUGCUCCCCUUGGCCUGUGAGGGCUUGCGUGAUCUGACUGUUCUUCCAUUGAUUUGGGGGCUCUGGGAAAGUCUGCAUGUUUCCACCUCUAUGUGAAACCACUUCUAAAGUUCUGGUUUUGCCUCAUGUCAGAAGUGUGUGAGGGAAGUGAUGGACAGUGGAAUUUUUUUCAGAAGUCCCAGGAAUUCUGUGGAUAGAUGUCACAUAUUUUCUGAUACAUUAAUUUUUAAUCCUAUUGUGGUUUCCGAGGUGAUCCUAUAGAAAUUAAGAUGCAGUAAUUUUAUCAAAAUAGGAAGCAUUUUCCCAAAUCUAAGAAAAUCUAAUCUUAUGUUUCACUUCAACUUUUCAUUUUUCCUCACCUGAGCUAAGAUGAGAAAUUUAAACUCUAUAGGCACAAAUUCCACAAAUGUAAAAUAGCUUAAUGUGUAUUACUUAUUAUGUAGAAUUCUUAUCUAAAUUUUUGUCUAUGGGGAGCUUAGAACAUUGUCCAGUAUAUAAUAAACUCUGAACUGUUGCCUUGUAUCUUAAUAACUAUCAUUCUAUAAUUUUGUCUGGUUCAGUAUGAAGCUUACUGAGAAUGUGUCCUUUAGUUCCUUUUUUUUCUUUCUAGACAUAUGAUUCUUUCCACAAAUAUAAAUGUUAUCUAUUUAAAGGGUACACCUUGAUGAUUUGAUAUACAUACACAUUGUGUAAUGACUAACACAGCAAAGUUAAUUACCACAUCAGUCAUCUCACAUUAGAUGCCAAUUUUUGUGUGCGUGGUGAGAACUCUUAAGAUGUACACUGUUAACAAAUCUGAAGUAUACUGUAGUGCAGGGGUCUAUAGUACUGGUCUGUGGCCUGUGAGGAAUCCGAUCACACAGCAGGAGGUGCGCCCAUUGGGCCAGCGAGCAUUACUGGCUGAUCGCUGCCUCCUCUCAGAUCAGCAGCAGCAUUUGAUUCUCAUAGGCGUGUGAGCCCUUUGUGAACUGUGCAUGCAAAAGAUCUAUGUUGUGUGCUUUUUAUGAGAAUUUAUCUAAUGCCUAAUGAUCUGAGGUAAAACAGCUUCAUCCCAAAACCACCCCCAACUUGACCUCCAUCCAUGGAAAAACUGUCUUCCAUAAAACUGGUCCCUGCUGCUGAAAAGGUUGGGGACUGCUACUGUAGAGUAUCAUUAACUAUAUUUACAACGCUGUACAUUAGAUAUUCAGAAUUUAUCUUGUAAAUGAAAGUUUGUACUUGUUACCAUAAUGUCUACCUUGUUUAUUCAUCCAUGUUGUCAGAAAUUGCAGUACCUUCUUCAUUAUGUCUGAAUAAUAUUCUAUAUAUUGUGGAUAAUUGGCUAUGAACAUAGGAGUACAGAUAUAUCUUUGACAUAUGAUUUUAGUUCCUUUGGUUAUACAAUUAGAAGAUUGAAGUUCAUGUAAUACUAUUUUUAAUUUUUUUGAGGUGCUUUCAUGCCAUUUUUCAUAAUGGCUGAAUCAAUUUACAUUUCCACUGACAGUGUACAAGGGUUUUCUUUUCUCCUCACUCUGACUCUUACUACUAAUAUUUCUUGACUCUGACAGCAGUCAUUCCAACGAGUGUGAAUAUUUAUUUAUUGACUCUUUGACAGCGGUUAUACUAACAAGUGUGAGGUGAUACCUCAUUGAGGUUUUACUUGCAUUUUCCUGAUGAAUAAUAACAUUGAGAACCUUUUUAUAAACCUGUUUGCCACUUCCAUGUCAUAUUUUGAGAAAUGUCUACUUGAGUCCUUUGCAAACUUUUGUCAGAUUUACUUUUUUUUUUUUGCUAUUGAAUUGUGUGAGAUUCUUAAUAUUUUGGAUAUAAAACUCUUAUCAGAUCUAUUUUCUCCCAAUCCCUGGGUUGCUUUUUCAUGUUCUGUGUUUUCUUUGCUGUGCACACACUUUUUUGUUUGAUUUAAUGCUACUUGUUUUUAUUUUUUGCUUUUUGUUGCUUGUGAUUUUUUGACGUGAUAGCCAGAAAAAUUAUUGCCAAGGCCAGUGUCAAAGAGAUUGUUCCUUAUGCUUUGUUCUAGAUGUUAUACAGUUUCUGGUUUUGCAUUUAAGUGUUAAUUCUUUUGAGUUAAUUUUUGUACAUGGUAUAAGUAAACUUUAUUCUUUUACAAAUGACUGCUUUUUUCAGCAUUAUUUGUUGAAGAGACUAUACUUCCCCUUUGUGUAUCUUGGUGCCCUUGUCAAAGUAAUAGUUGACUGUAUGCACAUGGGUUUCUUUCUAGUUUUUGUAUUCUAUUCCAUUGGUCCAUGUGUCUGUUUUUACGUCAGUACCAUACUCUUGAUUAGUAUAGCUGUGUAAUAGUUUGAAAUGAAGAAGUGUGAUGCCUCUAGCUUUAUUCUUCUUUUUCAAGAUUGCAUUGGCUAUUUGGAGUUAUAUGUGAAGCCAUAGAAGUUUUAUAAUUUUUUCUAUUUCUGUGAAAAAUGCCAUUAAAAUGUUAAUACAGAUUUCAUUGGAUCUGUGAAUCACUUUGUGAAGUAUGGACAUUUUAGCAAUAUUAUUUUUUCCAAUCCAUGAAGAAGCGAUAUUUUUCCAUUUGUGUCUUCUUCAAUUACUUUCAUCAGUGUUUUAUAGAUUUUACUGGACAGAUCUUUCACUUCUUUAGUUAAAUGAAGUUAUAAAAUUAAAAAAAAUCAUUGAUACUGUUAUAAAUGAGAUUUUUUGUAACUUUUUUCUCAGUUUGUUGUUAGUAUAUGGAAAUACAACUAAUUUUUGUAUAUUUUUGUGGCCUCAACUUUACUGAAUGGAUAUAUUAGCUCUAUUUUUUGUUUGUUUGUUAGGUAUAGUCUUUAUGGUUUUCUGUAUUUUAAAAUCACUUCAUCUGUAAUCAGCAAGAAUUUUACAUCUUUAUUCCUGAUUUCAAUGCCUUUUUGUUUCUUUUUCUUACCUAAUUGUUCGGGCUUGAUUUCUCACUACUAUAUUGAAUAGAAGUGUUGAGAUUGGACACUCCUGUCUUGUUUCUGAUACUAGAGGAAACUUUCAGCAUUUCACUGUUUACUCUGUUGAGGUGGAUACUUUUGUAUGUAUGUUGUUUGGAGUUUUUAUUAUGAAAAUGUAUUUACUUCUGUUACAGGCUUUUAAUAAAUUUUUUGAGAGGAUUA